AUGUCCGCUCCAGCCAAAGACGUCCACUACAUCAACCUUCUUCCGGCUCGCGUCCACCCUGAGCGUCAUCCCAGCACCGAUGACAACGGUCGGGACUGGGUUCCUGACACUAAGCGUCCAAGCGAAUGGCUCAAUAUGUUUUUUGACCUAGCUAUUGUGUCAUAUUAUCUCGUCGUCGCGUCCAUGUGGGGUGCCCACAUCCAGUACGAUGCCCGCUACGAGACCAACGACCUGUGUCAUCGUAUUCUGAAGUGCGUCCACAUCGGCGUUUUCGUCUACAUCGGUGCCUCCUCGGGGGGAUGGCAACUGUUCGAGUUCCUGCAUCCCGUCUCUGGAGCGGCUAGUGCUGCCGUAGCACCAGCAAAGCGAGUCGAGAAACAUCAGGCAAUGACUUCGUUCCUUACUACGGCUGCUGCGUGUCUGGCGCAUCGCGUAGUGCUCAUGGUGCAACACAUGCACGGAGCGGGCGGUAGCACGGACCGCCUGCGUCUGGUCCAGCUCGCUCUCCUCUUUGGGAGCGUCGUGAUUGAGUUCUUCUCCUGGUUUAUCGAAGCUUCGGGACAAGCCCCUAGUGCCCGCGCGGGCGUCAUCGGCCAGAAGUACGGCAGCCUAUCCAUCAUGAUCCUAGGUGAAGGUUUCAUUGGCAUUGCACUUGAGCUGCAGCGCACAAUUCUGGGUGUCGGGCUUGUUAACAAAUCUGUCUACUCUCUCGCAGCUAUGACACUUCUGGUGUACUGCAACAUCUAUGGCUUCAUAUUCUCGCAUUUCAACCGAGGCACGACUAUUAAAGGUAAACGGGAGCUCUUCUGGAAGUGGGCCCAACUUGCGCUACAUUUCGUACUCUUGUUGUUUCUCCAAGCGCUCCUCAACGUCAUUGUGCUUUCCUCUUUCCGUGAUGGCGUGAUUGAAACUGCUCGAGUGGUCGAUAGUGCUAUGGCUAGCCGCCCCGGUAACGGAACUCUCGCCAGCCUCGCCGACUACAUCGAUCGUGUCCUAGUCGAACCCGAUUUUUCCAACUUCACGACCAAUGUAUGGAGUAUGGUUGAAGAGCACAACAGCUCCGACGAAGCGAUCCAGUCUCGCAACGCCACUGUGUUUGUUUUCCUGUCCGAAACUGCCGUCAAAGUUGCCGAGCACGAGUUAUCGAAGAAUCUGAACACGAGCGUCCCUGUUGCCCAGGGAGUCCUCGCAGAAGCUGCCCACCUCUGGGCUCAGGUAGUCGUCGGGAUUUUUCUGGACGCUUACAGUGGCAUUAUGUGGCUGUACCCGUCUGCUCUGACGACCGGCCUUGUGCUGUGUAGUCUCGCUGCGCUCACCAAGGGCCCCUCAGUUUCUCGGGCUGUAGCAUCGGCGGACCUGAUCCCGAACGUCACAUGGCCAAAUGCCGACCAGGCGCUCCAAAUCGGCGACAUCUCCAAUACAAUCCUCAGCUUCACUGACGGCGCCCGCCUUCUGAACCGUCUCGUCGAUGGAAACCGUGCGAUCCCCGUUCUUGUUGCUGUUUAUACCGGUCUAACUGUCAUCACCUGGACCCUUCGUUGUUUCCCAUCACCCUUCCAUAUCUACCACAGCUGCCCUACUCGUCUUUGCGUCCAUCCCCGGGACCUCAGCCGUUCUCGGUGGAGGAAAAAGAUGACUGUUCCUGUCGGUUUAAGCCCAAAGCGCCCCCCUCAAUGUCUGCAUCACCGACGACAUCGCCUUCCCUCUUCGCAGCAAGGACAAGAGCUACCUCUCCAAGGACCCGGGGUGGCUGAGGUUCUAGUCAUUGGUGCCGGUGAGUUUAUUGUCACCGUCACAGCUGCUAACCACAAGCUCAUGAACGGAACGUUCACGCCCCCUGCUCGUCCAGAGCUUCCCGUCCGCCCCGAGAUGCCCGAUGUGCAUAGCCUCAACCUCAAAUGCGGCAUGGGCAUCGUUGCCCUCAACAACCUCGAGUGCAUGCUGCCCGACGGAGUUACCCACUCCUACUCUAUCAACUACAUGGAGAGGGCCAAGGAGGCUUGCCUCAUGGUAGUUCACUACCGCAGUGAACUCAACGUGGCUACGCAGAGUGGCCUGGCCAGGGAGGUGUUUGACCGCUUCGGUGUCGCGCUUGACGACGAUGGAAGCAAGUUCAUCAUGAGUCUGGUGAAGGCUCUUCCUCCCCCUUCUUCCAAGAAGGCUGUCCCUAUGAACGGGGCCCAGGCUCGUGAAGCUGCCCCCAAGUGCCCCAAGACCAACAGCAAAAAGCUUUUUGCCCUCCUGGAGCAGGAUACCGCGUGCCACGACACCAGCCGUUGGACCUUCGCCGGCCGCCUUGUCGAGGACCGCUAUGACAGCUUCGACGACGCGUCCCCGGAGGAGCAAGUGAAGAUCAAGAACGACCUGGAAUCUUCGACAGGGGGUUAUCCGCGGUAUGCCAGCAAGGUGCAGGACGUUGUCUAUCUUACCAACCCCUGCGAGGGCAACUCGUGCAACAACGAGUACCCGCCGCACAUUCGCCUUCCUCCCUCUCACUGCUGUGGCGGCAUGGCGCCGGCGCUCUGCACCACGUGCCAAUCCCUCAACCAGGUGAGCAGAGUGAGCCAGGAGAAGGAGCUCGACACGGAGAAGAGGUACAUCCUGAGUGUGCUCGAGCCUCAGUACCUCAAGUCCAACGUCCCUUGCGCCGACGCGCACAAGACCCGCCCCGGCUCUCUUGUCACGGCAAGCCUCACGCACCAACGUCUUCCGUCGGUGUCAACUCGGGGCAACCAUGGCGCACGUGCGCCCUCUACUCGCGACGUCAAACCCCAGGUCUACCCCCAACGCUCCCGACAUGCCUUCAAGACUGGUGGGCAGCCUCGCUCCCACCCCGACGAUGCAACCCAGCCCGGCACCCGACGCGCUCAGCCCCCCUCCGACUCGCCCCGUCGUCGUGGUCCUGCGUCUCCCGCAGCUUACACCGGCGCGUGCCGCCCUCUGCUCCCGGAUGUCACGCAGGUGGACACGAAGACGCCCCUGCGCGAUCAACCUUCGUACAUGUUCACCCAGACGGGCAAGCCCGUCGUCCUCAACGUCAAGGUCCCCACUGGAGGAGUGCAGCGUCGUCUGUGCUCCCGCUUCUCUCACGCGGGGAACACAACCAGUCCCUGUAGCCGCAUGGACGCGCCCCCCGUCUCGACUGACUCCGACCCCAAGGGUAGGCGUCGCACAUUCCAUCGCACACCCCCUCAGCCACUCCGCACUUCCUCCGGGAAGUAUUUGUGCCCCUUCUCAUGCUGCCACUGGAGCAGUGAGAGCGUCGAGCCCGUCUUUCAGCACAUAGAGACCCACGACCACUCCACCUACUACACGUUGCCUAGUCGCUCGACGCACACCGGCGGCACUGUUGGCACCCGUCCCCCCAAGACCUCGCUCGGCCGACCCACCGCCGUCAGCGGCUCUUCUCAGGCCCAAAAGAAGUAUGGUUCCACAGUCUCUCCCUCGACGUCGAACCAACCUCGAGCUGUCUCGCAGAACAAGACCGAUGACGCUACCCGCCCAAGCACUCAAACCAACACGAGCAAACGUCCAAUUCUGCCCAACACCUUUGGGAUCGACCUGUCGACUCCUCUCGCCGAGCAGCCCGACAGCCACUUCACCCCUGCCGGCACCCCGAUUGCGCUCAACAUCGCCCCUCCUCCAAAGGGGAAGCGCAAGAAGGCCGUCGCCGCCAUGAACGCCGCCGAUGCCCAACACACCCAGCAGGCUCAUCCCAGCGUUGCCCAUCCCAGCGUUGCCGACCCCGGCUUUGCGUCCGACAAGACUGCAAGGCGUGGUAGUUUGCAGACAAGCCAUGGUGCCCGCCACCGUUCGACUCGCAGCGUCCAAGCCCAAGCUCCAGCCAACGAACCUAGCGACGAGAAGAAUCGCAUGCAGUCUCGCACCGGCGCUCGUAGCGCCCCUUCGCCCGCCAAGCUCGGAAACGCCAGUGCCAACCGUACCGCCGGCCAUCAACACAGGUCCGGAUCUUCGUCUUCUGGUACUGGCGCCUGUCGUGCACUGCUCCCUGAUGUGAGCAACAUCGAUCUGUCGACGCCCCUUGCCCAGCAACCCGACUACCUGUUCACGGCGUCGGGCAAGCACGUUGCCCUCAACUCGAAAAUCCCUGAGGGCGGGGUCCAGUGUCGCCGCUGCGCGCGCUUCUCUCAUGCUGGCAAUAUCACGAACCCGUGCAACCGCGUGGAUGGCGCGUGUUUCAAUUGUUGUGCCGAGGGUCAUGAACAGAGGCACUGUCCAGCUCCGCUCCAAACUCUUUUAAAGCCCUAG